GAUCUAGAAGCUUCAUUGUGCACUCCAGUCAGAAGCGCCCACUUCUACACUCCCUGCUUUUGCUGGUGUCAGGAAGGAAACRAUGGCGUCWCACGAGUGCUGGACGACAUGAGAUUGAAUCAAGCAUGGUGGUUUGAAGACGUAAUCCUUCAUUUCCAGGCUUCGGUGUUAGAGGAGGACCAAACUGCMGACAUGACAUCGUGAGCAACACGGUGCGUUUAAAGGAUCUAAAAUGGUAAAAAGCGUAGAGCUGAACAUGAAGCAAGCAAUGCAGGUGUCUGUGGCCCUCAUCGUCUCCAGCUCGGCUCUCCUGCUGCUGCGGCUGCAGGGAUGCUGCGCGGCCGCCAAGGGCUGGAAGGAAAUAAAGAACGAUGCCACGGAGAUUUUACCGAACCGGAGGGAAAACAGUCGGCCGCCCCACCAGGCGAUCCUGCAGACCUCGGACGACAACAACAACAACAACAACAACAACAACAACAACAACAAUAAUAAUAAUAAUAACAACAACAACACCCUUAAUAACAGGGCAAAAAACGGAGGGAGAACUUCCACUUCAAACACGGUUUCUUACAGUCCUUCCGAGAUGAGCUGCAGGGAGCUGCGCUCCACCCGCUACAUCACCGAUGGCUCCUGCCGCAGCGCCAAACCCAUCCGGGAGCUGGUCUGCUCAGGCCAGUGCCUCCCCGCCCACCUCAUGCCCAACUCCAUCGUCCGCGGGAAGUGGUGGAGAAACAGCGCCGCAGACUACCGUUGCAUCCCGGCGCACUCCAGGACAAGAAGGGUCCAGCUUCAGUGUCCUAACGGCAACACUCGGACUUACAAAAUCCGCGUGGUCACCUCCUGCAAGUGCAAGCGCUUCAGGCCCCACCACAACCAGUCGGUGGCCAAGGAGGUGCCGAAGAGGCAGCCCAGCAGGAAGCACGGCCGCUUGUCACAGGAUCGGAGCAGCAACAACACGCCACUGCUGGACAACGCAUACUAAAGCAGCCAAAGACUGAGACUGAAUGCGCAUUACAUGUUACUCAAACACCAACAUAUCUCCUUCUCACAGGGAAGGGAUGCAAGAGAAAACUCAAAGAGAGAGAAUUUAUAAGCUAAUUUCUGGUCUGAUCCGUUGCAUGAUAAAUCGGAUCAGCAACAGCAGCGACUGGUCCGGAGGGGACCAAUCGGGUCUUCUUUCCAAACAAAGUUCUUGUAAAAAGUAUGAAAAAAAAAAAAAACGUCCUUGAAACUUCAACUCCUACAUGUACACCCAUUCAGUGGACUCAGACUCUAACUCAGUUCAAAGCCCCGAAGGUGCAUUUUCUCUCUAGUGUGAUAGAAUUGUUGUAAUCUGUUUCCUUUAGUGUUUGGGACAUCAGCAGGAUCUUAAGACGUUCCCUGAAAGCUGCCUCUAGACAGACCUGUCAAUCACACCGGUUCUUUUCUCAAAUCUUAGCAACACGGAGUCGGAAGAGACGAGGAAAUGAAAGUUUACCACCUCCGACACCACGUAGGGGACCAGUGGACAUUCCUGUGACACCACAUAAUUAGCUAAUUCCUGUGUUAAGAUCGACUCACACAAAAGCAAUUUUCUCUAAAUAUCACCAGUUCCUGUUUGCCAGGGUCAUGCAGACAAAAAUAAAAGUGCACAUGGUGUGUGGGAGGCAUCAGAAAGUGUUACCCAGGGGCAGAGCUCUCUCCAUCACACCCACACUGGAAUUCUGUUGCAGCGGGCCAAGCUGAGCAGGGAUGGAGCCAGCAGGAGUCAAGAAAGGCCCACUUCAGGCAGGAAACCGACGAGGACCAUCAGAAUCCGAUUUGGUUUGUCGAUGUACUACAGAAAAAAUUCUCUGAACUUCUUCAGAACAUUGACAUUCCUACCAGUUCUCAUCUCUGCAGUGUUUUCCCUCUUCCAUUCCUUCAUAAAUCCAAAUGUCUGCUGCAUUUCUCCUUCCCAAAAUGUACAUUGAAAUAGCAACUGGAAAGAAGUUCAGCAUGAUUGUACAUGUCAAACCUGCGUGCCAAGCAAGGAUGGCAGGAAGAGACCAAAAGACGGACUCUUUUAAAAAGAAUGAACUGCAUAUUUAUUUUUUAUGUCCACAUUUAAAUUAUUUAUGCAACCUUUUAUAUCAACCGAUAGUCAUAAUUGUCAUAUAGUGUGAUAGAGAAAAUAAAAGAUUGUACAGUCCAUGAAUAAAAGUAAAGGCAGAUAUAUUUGAACAAA